UCUUAUAUCAGAUGACGCCAUAGAAACGCCGUCAAUUCCAUUUAGGAAUUCAUACAGGUUAUCGCGGGUUCUCAGCGCCGAACCUUCAAAACUGCACUUAUUGUGUUUAGAAAUACCCGCAUCUAUGAGUUUUGACAAUGAGUGUUUUCUUAUACGAACAAAUAUGUCAGACACUUGGCUUGCUAUUUUAUUUGAAAAAAAAAAUGAAGCUGAGCUACAUUGCGUUGGUAAGUCUUGCUAAAAUAUUAGCAUAGUAUUAAUUAAUGAACGCAAAGGAAAUUCGUCAAUUUUUUAAUUAUCUUACGCACUUAAUGAGACGAGCUAAGGACUAGUGACAAGAGACUGGCUAAUUUAUGUCUAUCGGCAAAAGGAUGCCAAUGGUUGGCUUUCGUGCGCAUUGACCAAGUGACAACGCGUUCCUCUCGGCAGUAAUUUUCUUGCAAUUCUCUCAUCGAGUUCCGCUCUGUUUGUUUCGAUCGUGUGCCUUGACUGAGAAAUGACAGACUCCGUCCCCCCGACACACGGAAACAGGCGGUAAUCCUGCUCCGCUGUGUACUGAAUGACCGAUAGAAAAGAAUUCUGAGGUCAAACGAGUCGUCAGAUAAGACAAGUCAGGUCUUUCGCGAGGCAAUGGAAAAAACGAGAGACAACCUCACAAUCGGUAGGCAAGACACUGCCCGCAAUGAAGACACAAACAGUACGGAUAUAAUGUAUGGAGGAAUAAUAUGGUGCGCGGCUUUUGGGGUUGAAGGUUUCACCAUCGUCGUAUGCAACUUGCUGACGAUCGCCGCAUUUGCAAGCAAAAAAUGCUUGCGAAAAAGAGGGACUUAUUUACUCAUUAAUUUAGCAACCGCGGAUGUGUUUAUCGGCCUGGUGCCUGUUCCAAUGGUAAUGUAUUUCACAGGAGUGGAGUUUAAACUGUGGAGAGCUGUGUCUCAUAGCACGCUCAGCUAUACGUAUUUCGGACUGGAUAUUUUAUUAGGGCUGGCAUCUCUGGGAAAUCUAACGAUAAUUGCUUUGGAGCGCCUGUUCGCGACGCAGUGGCCAUUUCAUUAUAGGACUCUACGCCCAAGAAAUUAUUAUACAACGAUUUCAAUAACAUGGUUCGUAGCGGUCGUUAUAUCGAUGCUGUGCUUUCUAACGCAAUACCUCACUAACAAGCUUAUGAUGUCAACCUAUAUAUCCAUGACAUUUGUAUUUACGGCGUUCUUAGUGAUCUGCACUUCGUAUGCUAUCGUGUGGACAAAGCUUAAACUGCACCGGAGACAUGAGGAUCAUUAUCGUAAGACUAGAGAAAACGAGCGGAAAAUAGGAAUCACUAUGAUAAUAUUGACCGUGCUAUCCCUAGCGACAUGGCUUCCCUUCGUGAUGCUCAACUUAGUGGUUGUAUUCGCGGAUGUACCUUUUCCAAGUCAGACGACUAUUCUAGCUACCAAGAUGCUGCAUUACGGAAAUAGCCUCGUAAAUUGCAUAGUUUACACUUUGCGGAUGCCCCACUUUAGAAGCUCCGUGUUUGUACUUUUCAGGCGACACAAGAGAUAUGACUAUAGUACUGGGUCUCCUAUCGGAGAAACCUCAAUGUCGCCUUCACAUUAUCUGCGAAGAAACACUUUUUCUAACUGCUCUAUGCCGCCUUCGGCACAUUUUGAAAAACGACGACAUUCCAAGAUGGAUAACCUCAAGCCCACUGCAGACGUGAACAGAAUCGUUGUUCGCGACUUCAGAUUGUUUCUAUUGACUGGAACCAAGAGGAAAAGAUAGUUUAAGUUAAUAACCCCCGUGGAAAAACUGGCAGGAUGUAUUGUUUGUUUCUAUAUUAUGUACAAUGCGUUUUCUAUUUUUUUUUUCAUUAGUUUUGAACAAAAACAUCCUUUGAGAACCAAAUUCGAGAUUGUUUUCCUAUCCUCUAAAUGAUCUAAAUCGUAUUUAAGCGACGGCGUUUAUCUUCUUAAAUUCCUCUAAAAGCUGGUGUCAAAACAAAAAGAAAAAUUGAGGUAUUGACUUAUUAAAAUGUGGAAAUUACACUUUAGUCAAUGACUAAAAUAUUUUAUUUAAUACUGAAAAACUACGGAUGUUUCUAUCCACAGAAAGUAUCUAAUUUCCUUCAUAUUUAGUACGUAUAUUUAGUUUGGAUAUUUAGGUCGAAAAAAGGAUCAUCUUUCAUACAGCCACAGGUCAACAAAAACCGCCAAGGAUCAGGCUAUUAAUUUUGGAAUCACUCACUGGUUCAUAUCUCCUUGUUUCGUUCAGACAACUGCUGCAAAUAUUUAAAAGUAGUCAUGCAGUACACCACAAAACUUUCAAUGUUUUUCCCUGUUUUCUCGCGAAAACCAACCCCAAGACAUAAACGAGGCCAUGUUAGCGCACCCUAAAGCGUUAAACGAUAUCGUACGCUUCAAAUAAGGGUUUUUUUUGUAAUCCAGCUUUAAAUAUAAGUAAUCUUUCUAAAGGCUAUAAUCCCCAAGAGUUGUCAAGCGAAGGUAGACUCGACGGCUUCGUGUGUAAUUACAAAAAGAAAUGACAGAAAACAGCACAACAAAGG